AGCGCAUUCCACAUGCGGCCAGCGAGAGCGGUGCACGAGGAUCAGGAGAGCGGCGGAACGGAGACACGCGAUUGGUGCUGAUGGUGCAAGAGCUGCGAACACCGAAUACCGGCAGUUUACCACCGUUUACGAGAACGAGCCGAAGAUAGAUCCGAGUGGUUGUUUAACGUUAGUUGGUAAACGUUAAUCAUAAGGACUCUCUGGAGAGUACGAAGGACUAAUAAAGCUGAAGAUUAAGCGAGUUUAUAAUGUGCGAUUUAUAUUUUUUGCCGUAUUAGUCCGGGAUAGUAAGUUUCUCAUCGAUCAUCGGCAUCACUAACCACUGUAGUCCAACUACAUUUUUUAUCAAGUUUUUUUUGUGGGUCCGAAGGUCUUCGGGACUUAAAGAAGCCCGUUUGGGGAGGUCGAGAGUCCGAUUGUAACCAAGGUGUUCGUCUGUCCACGAUGGAGAACGCUCAUACGAAAACGGUGGAGGAAGUUUACAGUUAUUUUGCCGUGAAUGAGAGCACGGGACUCGGCUUGGAGCAAGUAAAGCGGCAGCGGGAGAAAUGGGGACCGAACGAAUUGCCUGCAGAAGAGGGAAAAUCACUGUGGGAGUUGGUGAUGGAGCAAUUUGAGGAUCUUUUAGUAAGGAUUCUUCUCCUGGCAGCUUGCAUUUCUUUUGUGUUGGCGUGGUUUGAGGAGGGAGAGGAGACCAUCACUGCAUUUGUGGAGCCUUUUGUAAUAUUGCUAAUUCUUAUAGCCAACGCUAUUGUAGGAGUUUGGCAGGAGAGAAAUGCAGAGAAUGCCAUUGAGGCCCUUAAAGAAUAUGAGCCAGAGAUGGGCAAGGUAUAUCGGCAAGACAGGAAAACCGUACAGAGGAUCAAAGCCAGGGACAUUGUACCCGGAGACAUUGUGGAAGUUGCCGUGGGUGACAAAGUUCCUGCCGACAUUCGAUUGACUUCAAUCAAGUCGACGACCCUGAGGGUGGACCAGUCCAUUUUAACAGGAGAAUCUGUGUCAGUGAUCAAGCAUACAGACCCUGUCCCUGAUCCUCGGGCUGUGAACCAGGACAAGAAGAACAUGCUCUUCUCUGGUACCAACAUUGCCGCAGGCAAGGCAGUGGGUGUAGUGAUUGCCACUGGCGUGAACACAGAAAUUGGCAAAAUCCGUGACGAGAUGGCAUCCACAGAACAGGAGCGCACACCUCUGCAACAAAAACUGGACGAGUUCGGCCAGCAGCUCUCCAAGGUCAUCUCGCUCAUCUGCAUCGCCGUGUGGAUCAUCAACAUCGGACACUUCAACGACCCCGUCCACGGCGGCUCAUGGAUCCGCGGAGCCGUGUACUACUUCAAGAUUGCCGUCGCUCUGGCUGUGGCCGCCAUCCCGGAAGGCCUGCCCGCUGUCAUCACCACGUGCCUGGCUCUGGGGACUCGUCGAAUGGCCAAGAAGAACGCCAUUGUGCGGUCUCUGCCCUCUGUGGAGACCCUGGGCUGCACUUCUGUCAUCUGCUCUGACAAGACCGGAACACUAACCACCAAUCAGAUGUCUGUAUGCAGGAUGUUCAUUGUAGAUCAAGCAAAUGGAAACAGCUGCUCUUUAAAGGAGUUCACCAUUACCGGCUCUACAUAUGCCCCUGAAGGACAAGUGUUUCUUGAUGGUAAACCAGUGAGAUGCUCCCAGUAUGAGGCGCUGGUUGAAAUGGCCUCCAUCUGUGCUUUGUGCAACGAUUCCUCUCUGGACUACAAUGAGGUAAAAGGUGUGUACGAGAAGGUUGGAGAAGCCACAGAGACCGCCCUCACGUGUCUGGUGGAGAAAAUGAACGUGUUUGACACUGAUAUAAAAGGCCUUUCUAAGGUCGAGCGAGCUAAUGCGUGCAACUCGGUCAUUAAACAGUUGAUGAAAAAAGAAUUUACUCUUGAGUUCUCCAGAGACAGAAAGUCCAUGUCCGUAUACUGCACUCCCAACAAAGCCCGUUCCUCUAUCGGCAAGAUGUUUGUUAAGGGGGCUCCUGAGGGAGUGAUUGACAGAUGCACGCACAUCCGGGUGGGAGGGAACAAGGUUCCCUUGACGGCAGGUAUUAAAGAGAAGAUCCUGUCUGUGAUUCGCGAGUAUGGCACAGGACGCGAUACACUACGCUGUCUGGCUCUGGCCACCCGAGAUAACCCAUUGAGUAAAGAAAAACUGGUGCUGGAGGACGCAACCCGGUUUGUUGAGUAUGAGACGGAUUUGACAUUUGUGGGGUGUGUGGGCAUGCUGGACCCUCCCCGUGCCGAAGUAGCCGCUUCCAUCAAACUGUGCCGUCAGGCUGGCAUCAGAGUAAUCAUGAUCACUGGUGACAACAAGGGCACGGCAGUCGCCAUCUGCAGGCGCAUCGGCAUCUUCGGCGAGGAGGAUGAUGUCUCAUCCAUGGCUUACACCGGCCGAGAGUUCGAUGACCUGUCUCCUGCCGCCCAGCACGAGGCGGUGCUCAGCGCCCGUUGCUUUGCCCGCGUGGAGCCAUCCCACAAAUCUAAAAUAGUGGAGUUCCUGCAGUCGUACGAUGAGAUCACGGCCAUGACUGGAGAUGGUGUAAAUGAUGCACCUGCUCUAAAAAAGGCUGAAAUCGGUAUUGCCAUGGGCUCGGGUACGGCUGUUGCCAAGACGGCCUCUGAGAUGGUGCUUGCUGAUGAUAACUUUGCAACCAUUGUGGCUGCUGUGGAAGAAGGUCGAGCCAUUUACAACAAUAUGAAACAAUUCAUUCGCUACCUCAUCUCUUCUAAUGUCGGAGAGGUGGUCUGUAUUUUCUUAACGGCGGCUCUGGGCUUUCCCGAGGCUCUAAUCCCAGUUCAGCUCCUCUGGGUCAAUCUGGUGACCGAUGGUCUGCCUGCUACCGCACUGGGCUUCAACCCCCCCGACCUGGACAUCAUGAGCAAACCCCCACGCAAUGCCAGAGAACCCCUCAUCUCCGGCUGGCUGUUUUUCAGAUACCUAGCUAUUGGCUGUUAUGUGGGUGCUGCUACUGUAGGUGCUGCUGCGUGGUGGUUUAUUGCCGCUGAAGACGGACCCAGGGUCACAUUCUACCAGCUGAGCCACUUCCUCCAAUGCGCUCCAGACAACCCUGAGUUUGAGGGCCUGAAGUGUGAAGUCUUUGAGUCUCCAUAUCCAAUGACCAUGGCUCUGUCUGUUCUCGUCACCAUUGAGAUGUGCAAUGCCCUCAACAGUGUUUCUGAGAACCAGUCUCUGGUUCGUAUGCCCCCUUGGGAGAACGUGUGGCUGCUAGGAGCCAUCUGCCUGUCCAUGUCCCUUCACUUCCUCAUCCUUUAUGUAGAGCCUCUGCCGAUAAUCUUUCAGAUCACGCCACUAAACCUGACCCAGUGGCUUAUGGUGCUGAAGAUCUCCCUGCCAGUCAUCUUGCUGGACGAGGUGCUCAAGUUUGCAGCCAGGAACUAUCUGGACCCCGGUAACGACCUGGACAAGCCGAAGGGCAAGACCUGCUGCUUCACCAAGUGCUUGGAGGGCAUCUCCUGGCCCUUCGUGGCUCUCUCACUCCCCCUGGUGCUGUGGAUCUACAGCACUGACACUAACUUGGCCGAGAUGUUCUGGUCUUGACUGAAAUGAGCACAGAGACCACACUAUGUGUGUAGAUGACGUGUAUAUGUGUGUCUGUAUGCGUGGUUGUGCGUUUAAAGUGUGCCUCUGCAGCGGUGAAUGUGUACAAGAUGAAAUUAACAUAUGUGUAACAGUAAUAUAGAAAUAAUUUUUUAACUGUCCUGUGGGGAUAAAGUAGACCACGCAGAACUGAAGUCUUUAUUAAGUAUUAGCGACCAGUAAUGUUCCAAGAUUGUUUGUGGCAUUCCCGCUGGUUUCUUGUUUCAUUUUUUUUAUUUUUUAUUAAUCAUUUGGAUAUGUUGUUUUUGUCUUGUCUCAUUUCAAACCGGUAUGAAUAAUGGUCAUUCCAUUUUGUUCACCCCCUGUAUCAUGUAUUCAUAUGCAAAAUAAGUGCUCGUGUACAAACAUUUAACACUAUUUUAUGCAAUUGUUUGUUUUUCUUAUUCCAUUUUGGUAACUGAGAGUAAAGUUGGGUAGAGGAGAGAGAGAGAGAAAGAGCUAGUAUAGGACAGAAGAACUGUUUACUAAUGUUUACCUUCGGCAUCAACGUUACUCCGAGCCAAUGGACAAGCAUGUUGUAGCAAAGCAACAUGGGAAAAGAAGAGUGUGGGACAGAAUUGACCAAGUCAAAUCCCGGGAUGACCGCUGCAUGUUGUGUACUUGCAUGCAUUUUGUGGGUUUACAUUUGAUUUGUACCUGUAAGUCUUUCCUGUGUGUAAUACCUUGCAUUCUUUUGUUUUCCACUAUUACCCAACACUUGAUUAGUAAAGCCAGUUUUUCUGCACUAGGCAGAGUACAGCUACCUCAGGACUGUCAGAUUAGACUCUCUGGUUGCUUUCUCCCACCUAGCUUUACACACGGCUUGUACACAUUAGACAUUGACUGCAUGAGGUGUGCCUCUUAUUUGGCUUGUGAUAACAAACAAAACUCAUUUUUGUUGGCCCUAACUAAUGUUUUAAGUUUUAGUAUUUUAUAAUUCUUGCAUUAACUUAAUUUGUGUUUUCUUUUUGUGAUGGGGUGGGAUGGACAAAAGAUGUAAAUGUUACCGUUUGGGUGGGUGGGAGUGGAGUCAGAGGAGUAGAAUAUUUAACAAGCAAAGAUAUAAGGGUUGCAUUAAAAAAUGUGAAUUUUACGAUGCAAAACCAAAAUGUUUCACGCGACCUUUUUCUACUUUUAAGAAAAUACACUCAUAUGAACCAUUGAAUUAAAACCGUGUCUUUAUUUUGCAAGCUGUUUUGUGACUACGAUGCAACACAUCAAGAUUUAGAAGCAAAUAUACUUGAAUAAUGUACUGUACAGAUAUCGAAAUACAUUGCUGAGCACAAGAUUGACAGCUGGGAGGAGCUUCAUUGUGAGGCAGCCUCAUAUUCUGCCCUCACCAGCCAGUCUGGUGAAGAGGCCUGUAUAUUUGUACACAGCACAUAUACCAAACGGUACAAAGUACAUUUUUUUAUUAAAUUGAGCUUUCCAACAUUAAGUUGUACGUGGCAUUACAUUAAUCCUGCUUGUUGUAAUGGAUGCAUGUAUCUGACUUUGCCCUCCCUUUGGUAUUAUCAGUGUUUUAUCUAACAGCCAUGCACUUUCCCUUAAAUGCCUUAGUGGUUCGCCAUUUAAGUAUCCCUAACUUGACCGCAUUACAUUCCUCCAUUCGGCCCUUUCCACCAGCCUGACGAACAUUAAAUGUCUCUAAGCCUUGAGUUUUCUGACCGAAUUUGCUUUUUUGGACCAACCCUGCUAUGUGUUAAAUGGCUAAAUUUAUUUAACAUGACAAGUUGGCUUGAGAUUACAUGUAGUAUAUUUGUUUUGUAAUUGUAUAUUAUAAAGACCUUAUCAUCAAAUUCUCUUUUGUGGCUAGAUGUCAGUUGUUUCCUUAACCCCAUAUCAAAUUUAAAUAAUGAUAUUAUUAUUAACUACAAAAUGUGUUUUUAUUACAAUGGUCCGUACACUGUGGUCUGACUUGCUCAGGAACUAAAUUUGGUUGUUGCUGUCAAAAAGAAGCUCAUCAAAACUAAUACCAAUAUAAAUAUAAAUCCUUUUUUUUAACAAUUAAACAAAUUCUGGCAAUUAUAUUCAAGUGUGUUGCUAAAUAUUUAUUUUAUAGUGCACUUUAGUUUUUAUUUUCUCCUUUAAUGUUCCUCAUUUUAUUUAAAUUGACCAUUCAUGCUUAGUAAAAUGUUUCCCUGCCACCUGCUUGUGCCGGGAAACCUCGGGCUUCUGUGUUGUGCAUGUUUGUUUCGAGUGACUUUGAGUUUUAGAACCUGCAUGUUGAGUAUGCAGAAAAGAUUUCCACCAUUGCACUGACAGAUCACAUUCAACGGGCAUUCGGGAAGAAUGGUUAGAUGAGAAUAGAUUCAAUAAUAUAGACUCAAUACCAAGACAUGAGAGAAAGUUUGUAUGAAAUCAAACCGCAUCAUCAGUCCUCUAUACCAUGCAUGCAGUUUUAAUGUCUAACAUUGCCUAAUGCUGUUUUUUUUGUUUGUGUGUAAAUUGUCAUAGUUUUAUAAACAUGUAUUAUACAGUAUAAUGCAUGCCUUCAGUUGUAAUUAGCCAAAUAAUUUAAUCUAUAUUUAUAUAACAACUUGCUGUGUACAUUGCUGCUAAAUGGUAUGAUAUGAUUAUACACAUCAUUUUACAAAUAAAUCUGCAGUUUAAUUUUA